AUGCGUCUCUUAAUAUAUAAAGCUGAUUUCUUUAAUUAUUUCUUUAUCUUUUUUUUCCUGUUCUUUCUUUUGAUUUCACUUUCCGCCAAAAAGUCCCUCACUUAAAAUUCAGAGGGAGCGCGUGUAAUUUGUUUGAAUUUUCCGCCAAAACAUGAUUGACAGGAUUAAGAACCAAUAGCAACACAGACAGACACAACCGCCUAAUCAGCUUGCAGGAUGAAUCAGCAGGGUUGUGAUUGGUGUUGCCGUUUCCCCUGUUUAUGCACGGCAGCUUUGAACCAAUUAGCGUUCACAUCCUGUGCCGCAUUCACCACGACAGCAAAUGGAAUCCUUCGUCCAUGCGGUGUGACCAAUGAAAAAGAGGGGGCGGGUAGAAGCGCCCGCGUUCUGCCUGUCCUUAAAUACUGCAGCAUUGAACCCCGAAGCCUCAUACCGAUUGUUUUUUUCUUUGGCUGUAAGAAGUAGAAGAAGACGUCUUACGAAUAUGUCUGGAAGAGGCAAAACAGGAGGAAAAGCCCGCGCUAAGGCCAAGACUCGCAGCUCCCGUGCUGGUCUGCAGUUCCCUGUGGGCCGUGUGCAUCGUCUGCUGCGGAAAGGCAACUACGCGGAGCGGGUCGGUGCUGGUGCUCCAGUCUACUUGGCCGCCGUGCUCGAGUAUCUGACCGCUGAGAUCCUGGAGUUGGCGGGGAACGCAGCCCGCGACAACAAAAAGACCCGCAUCAUUCCCAGGCACCUUCAGCUCGCCGUCCGCAACGACGAAGAGUUAAACAAACUGCUCGGCGGAGUGACCAUUGCUCAGGGCGGCGUGUUACCCAACAUCCAGGCCGUGUUGCUGCCCAAGAAGACCGGCCAGGCCGCACCGAGUUCUGGCAAGGCGGGAAAGAAAAGCUCUUCUCAGUCCCAAGAAUAUUGAACAAUGACUUUGACUGAUUAACAUCCAAAAAAACCCAAAGGCCCUUUUAAGGGCCGCCCAAGUUGCAUAAAGAGAGCAAUUUCCAUUGUCUAUAUUGUUUGUGUGCGUCUGUUAAUGUUUUUCUACUAUUCGGAAUAAACGUGAACACGUUAACGCCUGUA